GAACUUGUAUUAGGAGUUUGAUCUAUAUAUGCGUAUUGCUAAACUUUAAAAUUGGAAAUGCUCCGUCCUUCGUCUGCACAAGACAAAGAAAAUUGACCAAAUGAUUCUGGAAAAUUAUGAAAUGAAGUAAAAGAGAAUGAAAGCCAAGGAGAAGAAAAUAAAGAAACCCAGGAAGAAAAUAAGCAGCUCGAGCUUAAAGAAAGCCAAAAUAAGAAAAAGAGGAGCUUUGAUAUCAGGAGAAGAAUUCCUAACCCCAGGUUAGACUGAUUCAUGAUUGCACCUAUUCAGUGAUUUCUCCAGUGAUCUGAAUUUUGCAGAGAUUUUUAUAUGAACGGUGAUGAUGGACUAGUUGACAAUGAUGAAGGUAUUAAGUAUUCCUGUCAAAAUAUUUCAGAUAAAUGCAAAGUUUCUAAAGAACUCAAAAGGAUAAUAGAUUACUAUUAUUUGGAAGACGAGAAGCUUAGUUUGGAGCAAUUUCGUCCUUUAUAUAAUGAAGAAUUCCCAAGAAGUAGCCAGCAUGAUGCAUUAGAAUUUAUACUCUCCGUAUUUGAGAGUAUUCAAAGCGAAAUUAAUGGAGACAAAGCUCAUUUUCCUUCAUCUGGAUACAAAGAUUGAAAAGAGGCAUGGAAACAAUACCAGAAAGAUCAUAUCUCAAUUAUUGAUAAGCUCUUUGUUGGCAUGUACGAGUCAACCUUCAAAUGAGAGGAAUGAUGCAAGGAGGUUAAAGUUUAUGAAGAAUUUAAGACUAUUUCUCUUUAUUGUAAUCAAAGCGAUCCAGAAGCUAGCUUCAAAGAGUUCCUAGACUAUCCAGAAUCAACUGAAUCUAGUCCGAUGAUGUGCCAUGACUGCAAAAGCAUCCAAAAAUGCCAGAUAUCGAAGAGAAUAGUGAAGUACCCGAAGUACAUGAUCUUAGCUUUUCAAAGAUUUGAUCCAAUAAAUCAGACAAAAAUAAAUGAAAAAAUGAAUUAUGAAGAGGAAUUCACCAGAUAUUGUCCCCUACUCGAGAUAGAUCUAAAGUAUAAGCUUAAAAAUGUGAUAAUCCAUCAGGAAGGGGCCAAUUAUGACCACUAUACGGUCAUAUGUAAGAGAGGAGGAGAGUGGCUAUUCUUAAGAAAUGACCAUUUGGAGAAUAUAGAAGGAUUUUCCAAUGAUGAUGCAUACAUUUUAUUUUAUGAGACAGAUGGCAUAAAUACAAUGUAAAACUUUCAAUUA